CUAGAAGAACAAGACCUUGAACUACUAAACAGUCCUGGCACAGGCACUUUCUUUAGCCCUAACAUAAAUAGAGAGAGUGUCCUAUGUAAAGUUAUAAGACUUUAUUCUUAUAAUCUUUCUCUAGCGUAUUUCCUUCUUAGAUAUAGCGCUAUGCUUACCUAAGCAUUGUUAUUGUAAUCUCUAAGAAGAGAGGAUUAGAAUAGU